CCCACCACUGUCGUUGCUCCCUCGCUCAGGUUAGAUAUUGAUUUCUCGAGGUCCAUGAUAGGGGGUCCCUUCGCAGACUAACUGUCUCAUCAACACUUGAAUAUCCCUUUUACACACCGCGACCACCCACAUUUCAGGCCUCCACAUAAUGCGCCCUCUGCACCAAGGCUCCCUCAACCUCUAUCUUCGUGAUAAAAUUCCAAUAGAUUGAGUCUCGAUCCAGUUCGCCGAUUAGCGUCCUCUCCCUGUUGACGAUUGCAAACCACGAUGGAUCCCGAGUAUAAGAUUCACAAUUUUCGCGCCGUAUCGGUGUGAUGAUUCUGCUUUCUGUAUCCGCACAACAGCAGCCACUCCUUGAUGACCUGUUCCGAAAAGGUCCCAUCAUUCAUUAUUCAGUGCCCUUACCACUCACUACUGUCACUCGUUCGAGAAUCAUCGCCCAGUGUGCCUGCAAUAUGCAUUCUGCAAGUUACCUACAGGUAGCCGCUCUCCUGAGCGUCGGCACACUCGCCGCCCCGAAAGCAGCAGUCGAGCAACCACAACACAACUGGGGCCUGCACCCUCGCGGAGGGAGAUACUUCACCAACACAGUCCAUGCGACGCAAUCUAGCGGCGGCAACGCGACGACGCCCAGACCAACCGGUAGUCAUCAACACCCGCACAACCAGACUACCAACGGCAUCAGCACGAGCAGCACAUCAAUCUCGCCUACCAUGGAGUCUUCGUCGACGUCAGGUUGCGCGCUCAGUCUCGUCACCGAGACCACGACCAUCUACGUCAUCACGACCGUGUACCUGCCCCUGAACGACACCACGACCACCAGCUGCGACUAUUGCAACGCAACCACGGCUAUGUCAGCCUGGCAUAACAGCACCUCGGCGGCUGCGAAUCCGACCGUCGGCACUACAGGGAUUCCCCACUCGUACAACAUCACCCGGGGCCACUGGGUUGUGACCGAGACCGAGUGCGACGGUUCGGUUACGACAAGUAUGACCAGUCUCAGCUCCGACUCGGCUGAGCUGACCGCCACCGACGUGCCAGUGUUGACAACUAGUGAGUGUGAAGAUGAUACGACCAUAUUGACGCCAAGUUCCGAGGGGACCGCCCCAACCACGACCGCCUCAGUCGAGGAUGCCAUGGAUUCAUACACGGUCACCCUGACAACCACAACCUCGCCCACAUCGACCAUCGGCCUGGACACCGUACUCUCCUCGACCAUGGCCACGACUGUACCCGAGACGGACGACCACAACGAGGUGACUACAGCGACAGCGACGACGACAGCCGGCUCCGGCGGUGACACCGCUGCCACGACCACCUACGUGAUCGACACCACCGUCAUGCCCGUCACCACCGCGUCGGUCACCCAGACGCUGGCGACGACCCUGACCCCUACCAGAACGGUUUGCGCUACCGACGCCCCGGCCGGUGAGACGCCCAGGCCGCGCAACGUCUACUGCGGCGUGCAUGGCCUCGACGUGGGCAACUACUUCUUGGCGCAGUACGUCAACAACAAGGCCAACGAGCCCGUGACGCUCGAGGGCUGCUGGCAGUUCUGCAAGGCGAGCAACAAGAGCACCGGCGGCUGCCGCUCCUACGACUUCUACCUCGAGCCGGGUCUCGACGUCCCGCGCUGCAACCUGUACGGCAGCUCCGUAGCAUACGCGCUGCGGUCCAUCGACAACCACCAGCCGCACUGGUGGUUCGAUCUCGACUGCGGCAGCCCUACGCAGGAGAAGUGGCAGGCCGGUCACGACCAUAGGCACGAUGAAGAAAACAUGUCGGCCCUGGGGCUGGCUGCCGAUCUGAGGCGUAAGUUGGGGCUGUAACUUUUUGAAUGGUUGUCGUUAUCAGGGCUUCUGGGCCGGCGAGUAUCCGAGGCGAAGCGGUGAAGGAUUGGGAGCAAAGUUGGGCGCUUAGAACGAGGGGCUCAAAUGAGCGGCAUGGACAGGCUGAUCUCCAUCUUGGUGGGGGAGGGGCUGUUUUGCUUUUUCCAACUUGUUUUCUUCCUUGCCGGGAGUUUCAUUUCUUCUUUUAAUCUUGUGAAACAUUAGACAUGGUGAUGUUUGGGUGGUGCAGAAAGACAUGGACAACAAUACUAAUUGAACACACGGUAAAUCCUUCGCGGACAAGAAGAAGAAAAAAAAUCAAAAAAAAAAUCAC